AUGGAGGACCAUCCCUUCGAGACAAAGAGCCCCAGUUCCCCCCGCCGAUCCAGCAUUUCAAGCUGGACCAUCUCCGAACGUUCUCUCUCAGUCUCGACUACAGACUGCAGCAGCCCAAUGACCCUCACAUGCUCACCCCUUGAUGUGACAUCCACAGAGGAUGUCGAACCCCCGAUCCUCCCCAUCACAUACGCUGCGCUUUCCUUGCGCGACAGCCCCAGUUUCCACCCGCAAUUCAUCCCCCUGCUCUGGCACCUCUCAGCACAGCUCUGGCCACUGGUCAACUGUGAGACUGGCCAAACGCACCCAGACUUCCCCGCAACGAUGCUAGCUUACAACUUGCUUACUUCGGAGCAGGUCGACAACCUCGCCCGCCACUUUCAUCAAGUUUGGCCGCCCGUCCCAGCGAGCUACAACUACCCGGUUCGUAUCACCCCGUGGAUUGGGACGUCCGAGGAGCAUACUAUCGAUCUCCCUACGCGGGUGCGCCGUCUUGGGCGCUUUUUUGGUCUGCAGGGGUGUGAGUCACCUACUGAGGGGAAUGAGGAAGCUAUGGAUGUAGACUCUGGAAAUCAGGAAAAUGAACAAGGCAAUGAGGGGGCAAAUAUGAGUGAAGAGGAAGCCGAAUUGCUGCAACAGAUGGAGUUGGAGUGGCAUCAGGCGCUGCAGAGGGCGUCUGCCGAGGAAUCACAUCGGUGGAACCUCAAGUGA